AUGGCGCAGCGGGGCAGCGUGUCGCUCUUUCAGGUCUCUGGCGACCCAUCGGCCCCAGAGGACCAGUCGCUGCUGCUCGUUUCCUUCGAGGGCGCUGCGCGCGGCACCAUUGCUUUGGCCAUGGCGGGCGAUGGUGCGGCGUUGUCUCAGCUGGAGGCCCCGGGCGUCGACGCCGCCUCGCCCUGCAUCUGGGCCGGCGGCGUGCCUGGCGGUUGGGGGGCGCAGGCCACAGCAGAGGGCAUCCGCAUCGCGGGGCCAGCCCCGGCAUGGUCGCUGGCGUUCGAGUGGCGCAGCACGCAGGGCCCCCUCAGCCUAGCGGCCGCGCACGGCAGCUACCUCGUGACGGCAUCCGCGGACCGCCUGGCAGCGCUGCAUGUGUCGCCCGUGAACGGUGCCCUGGCACUGCUGGCACAGGCGGAGCUGCCGCAGCAGGCGUCUGCCCUUGCCGUGUUCCCUGCACCCGCCAGUGGCAGCGCGGGCGAGCUUUUGGUUGCAGUGGGGCUGUGGGUGGAGAACGCUGUGCUCCUGCUGCGGUGGCAUGCUGCAGGACCAGGCGGCGGGGGGCUGCAGCCGGUGGGGCGGCUAGAGCUGUGGGAGCAGCAGCCGCGCAGCCUCGCGGCGCUGGACGUCGCGGGUCGCUGCGUUCUGCUGGCAGGCAGCAGCCAGGGCCAGCCUUACAGCUGCUGA